GAUUAUCAUCUGCAGGAGUUGUUGUUGAAUUUGAUGUAUGCACCACAGAAUUUUUACUGCUAUGCACUGGAUGCGAAAUCAAGCGCUCUGUUCCACGAACAGAUGCGAGCACUGUCAGUGUGCUUCCCAAAUGUGUUCCUCACCAAGCGCGAAUUUACCGUCGACAGCGCUGGCCAUAAUACCUCGCGCAGUUUCCUGGAAUGUUUGCGUAUAGUGCGAAAAAUGCCUGGUUGGCGGUAUGCUAUUUUGUUACAGAAUAAUGAUAUCCCAUUGAAAAGCAAUCUAGAGAUGGUACAGAUAUUGCAAGCUUUGAACGGUAGCAACGAUAUCAAUGUUGGAUAUCCUAAUGCCGACCGGAUGCCAAAAGAUGCUCCAUGGACGUUCCGCUCACUUCGGCUCUUUAGGGAUGUCAAGGAGAAUGACGAAAGGGUGCUGCGGAUCGCAAAAGGAAGUACGUCAGCGUCGCUGAGCGAAGCGUUCGUGAAAUUUGUGCUCGAUAAGCUGGACUUAACAGUGCUUCUUGAUAAACUUGAUGAGCUGAACUACGGUGGCGAUGAAAUGCUCUUUUCUUCACUGCAUUCCGAGGAUUUACUAGACGCUCCAGGUGGAUUUACGCGUCAGUGUAUUGAUAAUUACAAUAAUAUGAUCACAAGGUACGUGGUGUGGCGAAAAUCACCGAAGUUUUGUCGGAGCGGUCUGCUCCGGCACGACAUCUGUGUGCUCGGUAUCGCUGACCUGCCAGCGUUAAGUGCUUCCAGAGCACUGUUUGCAAAUAAAAUGCUGCCUGAAUUCGAUUACACGGCAAUCGGUUGUUGGGCAAACGCACUCCACAACCGAACAUAUUCGUUCAGAAAAAUAAGCCAGGCACGACUCCAGUACUACGCAAGUCGCUUGCCAACCAAAUUUCACAGCGAACGUGAAAAGUGGCGUAGUGGCCAAGUCGCUUUCAAUUGCUCCUGCUGCUAA